AUGGCUCCGUGGGACCUCUCACAUCAAUUGAGAAUUUUGGAAUAUUUUACUGUUCCAGAUCUCGGCAUAUGUCCCGAAAUCGUAAAGGUUUUCUAUCUAUAUCGUGCAGAUAUUGGUUCAGGAAAUAUUAUGGUGUCCAAGGAUCGAUCUAUCUUAGGGAUUCUUGACUGGGAGCCUGCUGGUUUCUACCCACGCUUUUGGAUUGCAAUAAAACCGUCGGUUGCUCCCGGUCUCGACAUUUGCCCUCCCAUCGCAGGAAUCGAAGAAUUCGAGUGGAGAAGGCGCAUCAUACCUCCACCCAAAUCACCAAUCCUAACCAAGAUCAUGGUGAGGUCCGCAUCAUCCAGUUCGUUGUUGGCCCCUUUGCGUAACCAUUAA